UCCUCCAACCUCAAUUCUGAGCUACCUUUGCCUUUUUCCUCAAAGACAGCAAAAACCAAACACCCACAUCGUUUUUUUUUUUUUAAAAAAAAAACAAAUCUCAGCAUUUCUCGUUUAAUUGUUUAAUAAUGGCUUCUUUACUUUCUUCUUCUUCUUCCUCCUGUUGCUCUUGCUCCAUGAAGAGCAUCACUACUGUUUCAUCCAUUCCUAAGCUUCCAGUCCGUAUUUCCGUUCCUCAAAGUAUUCCCACGAAGGAAUUGAUUGAGGGAUUGAGAAUCGGAGAUGGGUUCCGGAGCAUGGAAAACAAUGUCAAUGUCCCAGUCACAACAUCACAAGAUCAAGAAACGUCUGCAAGUGCUUCUAUUGCAACGUUAGAGCUAUAUGCUGUAUUGGAAGCAGUUGCUGACAGGGUGGAAAUGCACCAUAACAUCGGCGAGCAGAGGGAGAACUGGAACACUCUUCUCCUCAACUCUAUCAAUAUGAUCACUCUCACCGCCACCACCAUGGCCGGUGUUGCCGCCGCAACUGGCGCUGGUAGUGAAGGUGGUUCAAUUUUGGGGUUGAAUUUGGCAUCCACCAUCUUGUUCUCGACCGCAACAGGGAUGUUGGUUUUGAUGAACAAAAUCCAGCCUUCACAGCUUGUAGAAGAGCAAAGAAACGCUACGAGAUUCUUUAAGCAGCUCCAGAGUCAAAUCCAAACUAAACUAGCUCUUGGCUCCCAGACCAAAGAAGACGUUGAGGAUGCCAUGGAGAAAGUUUUGGCUCUGGAUAAAGCUUUCCCACUUCCCUUGCUCGGAGCAAUGCUCGAAAAAUUCCCUAAAACUUUCUCCCCUGCUGUUUGGUGGCCGAGAAACUCUCAGAACAGAGCACGAGAACAGACUAAAACAGAGAAAACAGAGCAUAAUGGAUGGAAUUCAGCUCUGGAAAUGGAAAUGAGAGAAAUUGUGAAUGCCAUCAAGAGAAAAGAUAUAGAAGAUUACGAGAGACUUGGCAAUAUAGUAUUGAAGAUAAACAAGAUUUUAGCAGUAUCCGGCCCCUUGCUCACCGGUAUUGCAGCUAUAGGCUCUGCUCACGGUGGUUCAUGGGCGGCGACAAUGGCUGCUGUAGCCGGAGCUUUAGCCACCACCGUGAACACCCUGGAGCACGGUGCUCAAGUUGGUAUGGUGUUCGAGAUGUAUCGAAGCUGCGCUGGAUUCUUCACACUUACGGAGGAAACAAUUGAAUCCACACUUGGUGAAAGUGAUGUGGAGAGAAGAGAAAAUGGAGAGUUGUUCCAAAUGAAGGUGGGAUUGCAGCUGGGGAGAAGCUUAUCGCAGCUUAAAGAACUUGCGAAGAAAUCAAGGUAUUCUCGUAUUGAAGGAAGCACCAUUGAUGAAUUUGCAAGCAAGCUUUUCUAAUUGAAAAGUUGUACAUGUUUUAUAAAUUUUGAUUGUUUCAUUCUUUCAUCCUUUGAAGAAAUUCAUUGAUUCUUU